CACCCCCUUGUGGCGGUUGCCCCCAGGCUGGGCUCUGGCUUGCGCGGGGCGUGUGGCCGGGCCCGCGUGCCCUCGGCGGGCUACGCCGCGCGCCGGCGGCUCGGGGCCGGGCAUGCUGGGAACCUCUUGGUGAACCGUCACCGCCGCCGCCGCCGCCGCCGCCACCCACGGGGCGAGUCUCUGAGGCUCGGAGAUGAAAUUCCCGGCCUCGGUGUUAGCGUCCCUGUUCCUGUUCGUGGCCGAGACGAUAGCGGCGCUGUACCUGAGCAGCACCUACCGCUCCGAUGGGGACCGCAUGUGGCAGGCGCUGACGCUGCUCUUCUCCUUGAUGCCCUGUGCUCUGGUGCAGUUCACGCUCCUCUUCGUCCACCGCGACCUCAGCCGCGAUCGGCCACUGGUGCUGCUCAUGCACCUGCUCCAGCUCGGGCCCCUGUUCAGGUGUUUUGAAGUCUUUUGCCUCUACUGUCAGUCCAACCCGAAUGAAGAGCCUUAUGUGAGCAUCACUAAGAAACGACAGAUGCCAAAAGAUGGCCUCUCAGAGGAGGUUGAGAAGGAGGUGGGCCAGGCAGAAGGCAAGAUGUUUACCCACCGUUCUGCCUUCAGUCGGGCAUCAGUGAUCCAGGCUUUCCUAGGCUCUGCCCCACAAUUGACCCUCCAGCUGUAUAUUACCGUCUUGCAGCAGAACAUCACUACUGGAAGAAGCAUCAUCAUGUCCUUGUCCCUGUUGUCCAUUGUAUAUGGAGCCUUACGUUGCAACAUCUUAGCCAUCAAAAUCAAGUAUGAUGAGUACGAGGUCAAAGUCAAACCCCUGGCCUAUGUCUGUAUCUUCCUUUGGAGAAGCUUUGAGAUUGCCACUCGGGUCAUUGUCCUGGUCCUCUUUACCUCUGUCCUGAAGAUCUGGGUGGUGGCAGUCAUACUUGUCAACUUCUUCAGUUUCUUCUUAUACCCCUGGAUCCUCUUCUGGUGCAGUGGCUCCCCGUUCCCCGAGAACAUUGAGAAGGCCCUGAGUAGAGUGGGUACCACCAUUGUACUGUGUUUCCUCACUUUACUCUAUGCUGGUAUCAACAUGUUCUGCUGGUCAGCUGUACAGCUCAAGAUCGACAGUCCUGACCUCAUCAGCAAAUCCCAGAAUUGGUACCGACUCCUAAUUUACUACAUGAUGAGAUUCAUUGAGAAUUCUGUCCUCCUGCUUCUGUGGUAUUUUUUCAAAACUGACAUCUACAUGUAUGUUUGUGCGCCUCUGUUGAUUCUGCAGCUACUCAUUGCAUACUGCACAGGCAUCCUGUUCAUGCUUGUGUUCUAUCAGUUUUUUCACCCUUGCAAAAAGCUCUUCUCUUCCAGUGUUUCUGAAAGCUUUAGAUCAUGUCUCGGGUGUGUCUGCUGGUCCUGUGUGAGGAGAAAAUCCUCUGAACCAGUAGUAAGUGUAGACACGGACUUAAAGUCAUCCACAGAUCAAGAUCAAGGUCAAGAUGAAGAUCAAGGUCAAGAUGUAACACCUUCUACCAGUAGACUAAGUCCUGAGACCACUGAGAUGUGGAGUGCUGUUGAUCUGUACUCUGCUUAAUGGAACCUGAAGUGUCUUACAAGAAAGGGAUAUUGUGUUCUGGGUUAAUAACUAUUCUUCAUACAAGUAAUGAGCCCCACACAGGGGAUAAGGCAGGGAAUUAGCUGCCAAUUCCUUGUGAGCUACUGCCUUUUAUAGAGCUCUUUGAUUUGAGGUAGCUAUGGAACACACUGGGAAAGCCUUCUCCCCCACAGUUUGUUUCACAGUUGAUUCUGUUACAUUCUUGCAGGCCCUACUGGCCAUUUCAUUGACACAGUAUACCUGAAAUUUCAGUUGAGCUGGUCAUAUUCAUCGGAUAUAAUAAAGAGAAAGGCUUGUUUUCUACAAUGUUGUCUCAGUAGCCUGAUCCUUUACUAAUACUGAAUAUAGCUUUAUACAAAAGUCACCGUGACAGUCAGAAUAGGUUACUAGGGAUUUUUGAACCUCAUUCCUAUCAUAACUUACAGAGAGAGCUGUUUAAGUUUGUUUUAUCAGUGUAUUCCAUUUUCACCUCAUUAAGACUUUUUGUACAUAACCAGCUGUAGCCACUCUGGCAUGCCUAGAUUUGGGGACUUUAUUCCCUAUGAUCCAUUGGUACAGUUAUUUAGGAAAGCUGAGUUUCAUUCCACAUGUUGAAGAAAUUAGGGAUCAGGAUGGACUGGGACAGCUAUUAGAACAUCAAAAAUGAUGGAAGUUUAUACAAAUAGAACUUUUAACUUCUCCAAAUGUGUGAAGAUAUUCAUUGGUUAGGCUCAGUUCUCCUCUUAAGUCAGUCUUGUCCUAUAAUUCUGGGAAAUUUCUAGUAGAAUUUGCUAAGAUUAAUAUUUUAAGAAAGAAUAAAAUAAUAGUUUUCAUUCCUAUUGCCCCUUUCCUUGUCUGCCAGGAAAUUUUUAACAAGACUUACCUCAGUUCACUUGUUGUUUCUAGAAAGCCCCCAUAGAAGUCUCUUUCCCAAUUCCAGUGUAUAGGAUGUUUUAGUUUUCAUGAUUUGAAGAGAAAGGAGUGUUUUCCUCACUACCACCCUUAGUUAGACACAUUUUCAGUUAUAGGAAGGAGUGAGAUAAGCAGAUCUUCUUCAGGAAAUGCAUUUUGACUUGACAUCAUUAUCAGUUAAUUUUAAUAAGCUCUUCAUUUUCUCUUGUGUGUAAUUUCUCUUUAAUCUGCAGCUAUUUGUUUCCGUUUUAAGAGUUGGGUGAAUAUUGUCACUAGUCUUGUGAAAAUGCCUGUAAGCAGUGCUGUUAUUUGUACCACUAAAAUUUGGACAGUGAAAUGUCUAAAAAGACAUGGUUAUAAAGUUUACACCAAUUUAAAAUGAGAGUUGUAGCAAAAUUUAAGAAUUUUUCAAAAAUACCUUCAUUUAUGGAUUCUGUGAGACAGAGCAGACAUUUACUUUUCUGACCACAUUUAUCUGGCUAUCAUACUAGUAAUAAUUUGCUUUUUAACUCUUUUUAUCACAUUGAUGAAUAAUUUCAUAUACAUGAAAAUUAAUUUGGUAAAUAAAUUUUACUAUACUAGAGGAUUCAUAAAACAGUAAAUAUUCUUUGACAUGUCAUCCACACUGUAAUAUUUAUACCAUUUUAUAUGCAUAUAUGUCAGUAAGGUCCUAAACUGUAGAACAUCCAUUUUACUUUCAUGAAGUAUAUUUCCUCAUUUGUAAUUCUCAUGGUAUUUAUAGUUUAAGUCUAUGAGAAUCCACAGGCAGUAGAUCCAUUUUGACUACUUUUAAGAUAUAAAAAUGAAACUUAAGAUUGUCUGUUCUCUGUUGACCCAUGUGCCACUUUUCCUGUCUUUAAUAGGACUAGAUAAAGUUAGCAUAUAUCAUCAAAAUGAUACUUUAUACAUUAUAUUUCUUUGUGCUUUGUACUUUUCAUAUUCAGAGGUACAAAACUGUAAUACAGGGGAAAUUGCCUUUGAAAAUAUAUAACAACUACAGGUAAACCAAAGCUAAGGUGGUAAAGCACUCUUGUUUUGGUUAUUUCAUAAUUUAAGGUGUUGAAAAUGACAAGAGAGUAGAAGACUGCUCCUAAGCAUUUCCAAAUGCUUUUUGUCAAAUCGCUUCGUUAUAUUUCCAGACGCCACAUGGCUUCCCUCUUUAAUGUGAAAGAGCACCUUCCCUGAAGAUCCACAGUGACUGGUGGGAGAGGCACUGCUACCCUUUUCCAUUUUUAGGUUAUGCCUUGGGAUCGAGGCUUGAGUCGGCCACCAGCUUGUCACUUUCUAGGAGGUUCGGAAUUAGACAAGGGUAAGGACACUUGUAUUUUUCCAGCCUGGUUUGGAAACAUGACUUAAAAUAUUUUUAAUGCUUAAUUUUAAAUAUAAGCCCCUUUACUUUAGACAGUUGGUAAGCAUCUCGAAUGACCUCAAACAAAACUAACAGUGAUAAACUGUCACUGAAGAUCCAGCUCAAGCUCUCUAAAGAAUGAUUUUUCUUUUUUAGCAAAUUAGAUAUCAUUUCAGUCUCUUGGCAUAUAGGCAUUUUCCUACUUAAUUACUCUAUGCCUCAGUUUCUUCCCUCACCAGAUUAAGAUGAUAUACUUGUCCAACUUACCUCACUAACCUGUUGGAAAGAUUUUAUUAAGUAAUAGAUACAAAAAUAUUUUUAAAAUAUUUUCAAAAUACCUUUAAAGAAUUAUUAUAUUAUUCAAGUCAAUAAACAGGUUAUUGUUUGUGUUCUGUUUUUUUAUUUACUGUCUGAACUUAAGUAAGUAGUUUCAUCCAUGUCAGUGUUUUGAGUGAACAUAUAGGUCAUUGUUCUUCUAUGUAACUGCCCUCUCUUACCAUCAGUUGAUUACAAAAUUUAGUGCUCAGAGUGUGUGAAAUGGCUCAGCAGGGAAAGGUACUUGCCACUAAACCCAACACCCUGAGUUCUAUCCUUGGGACCUACAUGGUGGAAGGAGAGAAACAAUUUUCACAAGUUGUCUGAUUUCCACAAGCACACCAUGGCACACAGGUUCUCUGUCUCUCUCUCCUCCCACCCCUGCCUCUCUCACACACACACACAAUAUAUGCAAGGAGUAUUUUAAAAAUCGCCCAAAGUCCUUAGUACUUGGCAGGAAAAAAAAGACCAAAUGGAUCUGAGAAACUGCUUCUAGUGGCAAGUACGUUUAUUGUCUUGAUAUUAUAUUUCAUAAAGAAUGUAACAGCAUCUUUAGAUGGUUGUACAGUACAACUUAAAUGGCUUAUUGAAAUCAUUAAUUAAAUGUGAAUGUAAUCUGUUCAAUGUUGUAAAUGGGAAAAUAAGCAUUAGCAUCGAUUGUCUUGACAACACAGCAUUUCCUUGAGAUCAAUCUUACAACAUUAGUAUGGUCGUAUGUGCCAGUACAUCUCAGCCAAUAGAUUAUGGAUAUGAACUUUUGUGGAGUGCUUCUCUGAGUCACUGGCUCAAAUAUUGUUUAUAUUUCCUCAUAUAAUAAAUUAAUUUUAAACAAAGUUCUUGCAUUUUAUUUCUUGUAUAGUCCUCAAGUGACUUAAAAUUUAAGGCCCAUUUGAAAGACAAAUUUGAAAAUGGUUUGUUAUGAUUAUAUAUUUUAAUGUAAGAUGGAAAUUCCUGCCAUAGCAUGAGAAAUUUAAGAAUGCUAACAUUGAGUCUUACAAUACAGCAGCUGUUCAUGAAAACACUGCUUUUUGUGUAUGAAUUUGCUCAAUUUUUUGAAGCCAUGAUGCUGGGUACUGCUGCUAAGAUUCUGCUAAAUUGUCUGUUGUUGUAUAUGACACAAAGACAAAUGUGAUAUAUAUUUCAUAUAUAAAAUAAAUAUAUGGUACUUAUAUAUCAUAAAUAUAUAUACAUAAGUUCUAGAUAAACAUGAGUGUUAUGGUGAU